AGACCUUAAUUCAGCCAGAGAUCGUUUACUUGCUUUUCAACAAGAAAAAAUGGAGGCAGAGGAGUUUGUUAAGCCAAUUAUUAUCGCUAAAAAUGUGUCCCUUGAAACUUACACUGAAUAUUGCAAGGCUGAACGAAAACUCCCUGUCAAAAUUCGCUUGAUCGAUGGAAACAUCAUAGCUUAUGAAGUACCACUCACAGAUCAUGGUGUGGUAGUAAGCAAAUUUUUAAUCUUGAUAAAUAACUGGGAUGAUCAAUUGAUAAGUGCAUUUGGAGAAGAUCUUAUCUUGGAAUCAAGUUACUGCACAGCUGAUCUUACCGUUCGGCCAAGGGAUCUUCCUCCACUUCAUCCCGGUCACGAACCUAACUCGAGCGGGGUAGCAUAUCCAACAAUGGUUAUUGAAGUUGGUACUACUGAAACUAUCUCCAGCUUACAUGAUCUUUCAACAAGGUAUUUUUCAUCACGAACAACUAUUCAAAUUUACCUUGCUAUCAAGCUAUUUCCCAUUCGCCAGGAUCAUACAAGAGCAAUGCUUGCAAUGCGUUAUCUACGUACAAAUCAAUAUCCGACAGUACCAGACGUUGUAAUUUCUUUCGGCACUGCACCUCUCCACAAUCAAAUAAUAGAUUUCCUUUUGAAUAAUAUGGACGUUUUAGAUGCUAACAUUACUGGCGUAGGAAGGUUUAAAGCAAUUGCUUGCAAUGGCCCUAGAAUUCCAAAUUAUCAAUUGAAUAUUCCUGCUGCUGAACUUUACAAUGGUACUCCUAAUGGCAUUCCUCCCAAUUCAGUUGAUGGAAUCGACUUGGAUUUAUGGAAAAUACAAAAAGCAGCAUUGAAUCCUUAUUAUUAG